AUGAAUCGUUUCUCAUGUUUUUUGUUUGUUAUUGUAUUAUGUGUAGGAUUGGGUAAUGCAAAAUUAUGGGAGAAAAACUCCGUACAUUUUCGAAACUCGCUUCAUCCAGGAAACAUUCUCACGAUUAGAUGUCAGUUGAAUAAGGACGAUCUAGGCUUCCAUGAUUUGAAACCUGGAGAAACCUAUGAUUUUAGUUUUCGUGAUAGUCUUUUCAAGACCAAGGUUGAUUGCGCAUUACAGCAGGGAGGACCCAAUCAAAAGUUUCAUGCAAAUUUUAGGGCAUAUAAAGGUGGUGGUCUCAUAGUUCAUUAUGGUAAAAAGAAUUUUUGGGAUGCUAGAGAAGAUGGAAUUUACUUUACACAUGGUAAAGAAGCGCCUAAGUUAGAGUAUAAGUGGAUUCCAUUUUAA